AUGAGUGAUUCGGAAAAAAAGAAAGGUCCCAGGUUUGGGGGGGACUUUUCUGAUUCGCCUACUGACAAGGUCAAGCAAUGGUUUGACGUGAUUAAUGGCUUUGAAUACAAUGGCCAUGAUGCCAUUAUAGCCAAGAUACUCAAGCUGGAAUCAGUCACGUAUACGCCGUCUAGUGAGAAUCCGCAUGAUGCUCGCACAGUCUUCAGCUUCGUGGUGCCAGAGGAACUUUGCAACAUCGGAGGCAAUCUUCAUGGAGGCGCGGUAGCAUUGGUCUUUGACAUCGCGACGUCGUUGACUAUUUUGCCGUGUGCGCGCGAAGGGUUCUGGGACGGUGGUAAUGUUUCACGAAAUCGGCCGGCGCCGGUAGGUUCAACCGUCUUUGUGGAAAGCUGGGUUGUGCAUCUGGGCAAGCGCAUGGGUCUGACCAUGGGGACGAUGAAGCUGGGUUCGAAAGAUGGAAAGGUCUGCUAUACUUGCGAGCAUGGGAAAGCGACUCUGGGCGGAUCCAAUAUGUGA